AUGAUUAUUAUUGUUAUUGGUGUAAAUGGUCAUGGUGGACUCGCCGAAUUAUAGAAGCUAUUUUCUUACAAUUUCUUAGGUUUUUGGUACGGUCUUAUAGUUCCUGGCCCAAUUUGAAGAAUUGGAGGAUUUUUUCUAAUCAUAUAAUUUAUCCAUUGUCAGGCCACAAUGUACUAUACCGCGCCAGUUGCUUAUGUGGACUCUAUUAGGCGCAGGAAUGCGGCGCACUUGAUGACUGCCGGGUUGACAGAAGAGCAGAAGAACGGCCUCACUGGUCCUGAGGUGGCGUUAGUAUGAAGAAGACAGCAGCAACUAGCGGAUGUAGUCGUAGUAAGCCUCCUUCGGUUAGGAAUUAUUUGAGCGCCAAAUCACGGCCCCAGUCUCACCUAGGCGUAGAACGAGCUCCCUUCCUCUCCCCCAACCAUCACGCGUCUGAUAGACUAGUCAGCAUGGCUGAGAAACCAGAGUUACAAGGUGUAGAGAGUAUUGCCGCCUUGAAGUCCUCACCAAAAGAAGUGACUGAUUGUAUGAGAAGUUGGCUUUCAUUUAUACAGAUGUUGAAAGGAGUGUGUGCGAGCGGUGCGCAGUUGAGCAGAAACCUGGGCUCGCUGUCGUGUGAUUCGUCAGCGUGCCGGGGGCGGGCGGAGCGAGUUCGGGCCAUGUGGCAGCAGCUGAGUGCCGCCACCGAUGCCGCCUCCGCCCUCGUGCAUGGCCAGGCGGUCGCCGCCCUCCAGGAGGUCCAUCUCGGCCCGGACCCACCCCUUGACGCCGAUCAGGCAGACAUCAAUCAGCAAGCAGUGUGCAGCGGCCUGGUGACGAUGAUCAACCUGCAGUACCAGUUCAGCGUGGCGUGUUGCGAGUGCCUGUCGCAGGCAGCACAGUGCCACUGUUCGCCGCCUCACGCCGAGGCAGACUGGGACGCAGUGGCCCGCUGCUACGCAUCGUGCCGCCUCCAGCAGCCGCCUCCCGGCCUUCAGCCGCCUCCUGGACUCCAGCCGCCGCAGCGCCGCUGGUCGGAGGCGGCAGCCGCAGCCGACAGGGGCGGAGAGGCGGCGGCCGCGCUACGUCGCUGGUCCAUGCCUUGGAAACUCGCGCUGCCCACGUCUACCAACCCUGAGCGCAGUCGAUCCAUAACGCCUGAAACAGUUUGGCACACAGCUCUUGCCAGUCAGGAAGAGCUGCAAGAUGUGAUAUCCCUGCUGGCAGCCAAACCACCUCCCCCCCGGCGGCCCCCCUACACACAACCUCCCAGUGGCGGAGCGAUGAGUGACAGUUGCCAUGGCUCCGAAGCCAUUCCCAGGCCAAGCUUCUCAUUCACUCACAGAGGCAGUUGGUGGGGAGGAGGAACAGAGGGCGAUGAGCUGGAUAUCGGGACGCUGGCGUCUCGUAAAAGCAGCUCAUCGACUGACUCUUCUUCCUGCUAUUCCAUUCACAGUCGCUCCUCUGGAUCUGCCUCAGAGGAGCUCACACACGGACAACGAUCUCACCUUUAUUCUAUGUGGAGUGGAAGCGACCUUCCCUUCAUCAAACUUCCUGAAUCAUCAGAAAACACCGAAUCAUGAUUCAGUCAUUGUCACCUCUGUGAAACCAGCAUACUAGUUGUGUCAGUAUUAUAUGUUGACAAUCGUAAGACGGCCAUUCUGUAUGUUCUAUGUCAAUUGAGAUUCUCAAAUCUCACUUAAGUAUUUCUUUCUGCAUGCUUGUUAUUUAUUGGUUAGUUUCUUAGUAACGUACACAAACCCUCAGUAUCCUAAUAAUUAUUCGAAAGUCAAUCUCCUCAUAAAAAUAAAAAUAUUAUGUAAAACUCGUGAUGUGGUGGGAUGUUUGAAUGUUCUCGUCAAUAAAUUGUGUCGUAUACGUUAUAUUAUAGAUGUUGAUUGGUGUCAAGGAUUCAUGAAAUGUUAUCAAUUUAUCAAUCUUGAUGAAAUUAUUGUCAGCUUUUCAAACAUUUGCUCAAUAGAAUGUGUUUCUCUUCUAACAAGUUGUCAUGCACUAAUAGUAGGAUAUUUGAAUGUACCCAGCAAUCCACUUUCUCUAUAAAAUGAGAUAAUAUCACUUUAGUAUUGAUCAAUAUUUCUCAAGUGAAAUGUGUUGUGUCCCAUGAAAGUGUGAACUUCAAUGAUUUCUUCGUAACUGAUAUAUCGAUAAUGUAUUCAUUAAUCAUAUAUUCAUUUUAUAGUCUGUUUUAAACAUUAUUAGAUUCACCAUAAGAUCUUAUUGGUUUACUGUGUUUAUAAUAAUAAUGUAAUAAUUGGUGUAAUUUAUUCAUUUUUUGGAAUUAUCAGUUUUGAUUAAAAUUUAAAUAAUUUGUAGUAUAUGGCCUGUACAAUCAUUUUAAUAAAAUAGAUCUUAGCGUUAUUUUUAUGGUGCUUUAGCAUUAUUUAUCAGUGAUGUUGUAAACAGUUGCUCAAAUGUGUAUAAUGAGUUGAUUAUUCGAACUUUCAAAGCACAAAUUUUCAACUAUUUAGUCUACUCAUUUGUAAAUGUUUUGUGUUACAUGAUUUUUUAGUGUGCAUGAAUAUAACCUAUAAAUUUGAUCAUCUCAUUAAACCUUGAUUGGGAAAUUGUUUGGAGCGAAUAUUUAGUGCACUGUCAACAUGAGUUCAAUCAAUUCAUCCAUAUUCAGUACAUGUAACUGUAGUGAAUACACAACUGUAGAUCUUAGAAUAUUCAAAAUCUAUAAAUUUCUGAAAUUAAAUUUAUUUCUAUUCAAUUAAACACGAAACAAAAUUCAUAAUGUUUGCAACUCUUUGGAAUCGAAUGCUUUCUAAGUGAUGUUCCUCUUAUGAAUCUGUACUAAAAAUGAAAUCUUUGACUUUAUAAAUCCACUUUAAAAAAGGUUAAAUUUUAGUCUUAGGCUUUCAGUAAUCAGUAAUGUAUGAUUAAAACUUAUUCAUUUUCACUGUGUUAGCUAACUCACAUCACUUAUGAGUGAAAUUAACUUUUGAACGUGAAGAGUUUUAAUUUUAAAUGUAGAGCAGAAAAACUAAAUUUCUAACAGCAUAUAAUAUUGAAUCAUACCUUACUUUAUUAUUAAAGUAAUUUGUUUUUCUAUGAGCUUACAAAGUAAGAAAAGAGCUUUAAUAACAUAAUAUGCAUUCUUUAUCAUUUAAUGACUGUUGGACAGACAUUAUUUAGUCAAUUGCAUUUUUUCAUCCUUAUUCAAACAUGUUCUUAUUGUACUGUCAUGCUAUUAAUUUUGUUGCAUUCAAUCGAUUUGCCAGUAAAUAAGUUACCUUUGUUCUCAUUCAAUCAUUACUGUAGCAAAUAGUUAUGAAUUUAAACGAUUUUAUAGCUAUUAUAACUUUCUUGGCUAGUUUGUAUACCUAGUGAUAAAUAAGUCUUUUCAUGCAGCAACUGGUUUGCUGCAUAUAAAAUAUAUGUCGAUUUUUAAUGUUGUAAGUCAAUUUGAGUAUGUGUUUUGUUCGAUGAUGUGGUUUUUGAAUUAGAUACAUGAAUGUGGUUUGUAAACUAUGAAUGUGUCUGAACAAUUUAUGUAAUACUUGGACUAAUUAAAUAAUUAAAUGAAAGUUGUUUGGUGA